UUCUCCACAGGGCGAAUCUGUAAAGUACUUUUUAGAUAAUUUGGACCGUAUCGGGGAAUUGGCAGUUCCCUUCAUAUCUUCUUCACUGACAACAGAUAGAAUUUUUUUUUUCUUCUUAGAGUCAAAUAAAACAAACCCACAAUGAGUGAUAAAAAGCAACCAAACAGAAGGACUUCCGGUGGGUGGGCUUACUGUGCAGUCGCAUCUAAGUGGAGCUCUGUGUAACGGAGCAAAAACCUGGUCCAUACAGCACUUUUUGACCUGCCUGACCCCACACAACAGACUUGCCGGGUAGAUGAUAUCCAUGCCGGCCGCCUACCAUAGUGUGCAGGACUAUUUCCAUCAGUUCUGACCCCGGGAGCUCGGAAACGAAUAGCGCAAUAGACUCUGAGACGCCAUCUUGGAUUAGCUAAGGCUGCAGCUUGCCACAAAGCGGUUCCCUCCACCACGCUGUAUCAUAAUGGUUGGGGUACCCUCUGAACCUUACAUAAUGGAUUCAUCUGUAGCUAAAGUCCCAAACACAGGUACCUGCAUUUUAAAAGAUAUAGGAGACAUCUUUCUACCGAAGUUGGAUCGGCUCCUUUCUUCCUUUGUGGAGCUAUGCACAUUGGUAAAGCUGACGAAGCAACCUCUUUAUAUAAAGAAAUCCUCCCUUGAUCAACACAACCCUGCUCUGCAGAAUCUAUCAGACAAAAGUAAAUCUUACCCGCGUGAUGUUGAUUGCAUACCCAUGAAGACAGCUUCACUACAGCUGAAAGAAACAGCAGCAUUGCCGACGGGAGCACCUUCUCCUUACCUAUAUGUGUCGGAGCUAACUAUGGAUCCACUCUUUAAAUCUACGAUGAGCCCAGUGCCGCAGAGUCCCCCCAGAAUUCGACUGCUGAUGCAGGCCUCAGAGAUGUCCCUAAAAUCCUCCUCAGCAUUCACCCUAACUCCGGAUAUGGCUCUUAAUAUAAUUAUAGAGGAGUCAGCAAUACAAUCCUUCUUCAUACGGAGGGAGCGGCCCUACACAGGGCUAAGUGGCUCACUGAUCAGUGACUUGCUCAAUUACAUGCACUGUAUUAUAUAUGAAGUCUGGCACGGACAAUGUGUGGAUGUCGGAUUUGACUCAUGGUUUGACUUACCUAAAAAUGGGAUUGGCUGAGACAUGGCUUGUGAGCUCGGAAUAUGAAAAAAAAAAAAAAAAGCCCAUAUUAUGUAACUGGGAGCUAAGCGCUUUGGUUGUUGAUGUUAUUUUGUUCACCGUUGUAGUUUACAUUGCAGUAUGGUUUUUUUAUUAAAUUAUUUUAUUUAUCCAGUUUUA